AUGAGUGAUUUCAGAGAUGCGCGAACUGUUUCUGAAAUAGCAGAAGAAAGUAAACGUAAACAACGACGACAUCACUCUGUUCAAGGUCCGCCAUCAUCUAUUCGUCUUCCAUCCAUUGAUAAUUCCGAUAAUCCACAUUCUUUCUCUAAAAAUUCGUCAACUUCUUUCGCGAAAAUGGCAAAAUCCGAUAGAAGCAGUAUGGAUUUUGUGAAUGCCAAAGAAGACGCUGAUGACAAGAGAAUUUCGAAGUUGUGUGGUUUAUUAGCAUCAUUUUCUUCUGCAGGAAACAGUCGUCAACCAGCAAAAAAGCCGCCAAAACGACGGAUGUCCACUUUUAUCUGA